UCUGAGGGCCUUUCAUUUGUGUCAUGAGAUAACAGGAUAAUGGAUCAGAAAAUCCCAUUCCACAAAAAAUUCAUGUAUGGUCCAAAGACGAGAUCAUCGGCACAAAAGAUACGGAUAUGAUUGUUCAUGUUUUGUUUCAUUAUAUAGUUAUUGUUUAAUCCAAAAUUCAUAUAUAACUCUUCCACGCCACCACUGCGCUCCUUCCCUGUCUGAAUUUUCGGUGGAACAAAGAAAUGGAAGCUAAUGCACAGGCCAAUCGCCGCAUUGCAACAAUCAGGAAUCAGCUUCUGCCUCCUAAUUUUCAGGAAGGCGGUGAUGUUCAUCUGAAGAGAGUUGAUUGCCGAGCGAAAGGUGGGUCACCUGGAUUCAAAGUUGCUAUCUUAGGUGCUGCUGGGGGAAUUGGCCAACCCCUUGCUUUGCUGAUGAAGAUGAACCCACUAGUUUCAGUUCUUCAUCUUUAUGAUGUCGUAAACUCCCCUGGUGUCACGGCUGAUGUUAGUCACAUGGACACUGGAGCUGUGGUGCGUGGCUUCUUGGGUCAACCACAGCUUGAGAGUGCGCUCACUGGCAUGGACUUAGUGGUUAUACCAGCUGGUGUUCCUAGGAAGCCUGGAAUGACAAGGGAUGAUUUGUUUAAAAUAAAUGCUGGAAUUGUGAGGACUCUUUGUGAAGGAAUUGCCAAGUGCUGUCCCAAUGCAAUUGUCAACUUGAUUAGCAAUCCGGUGAACUCUACUGUUGCUAUUGCUGCAGAAGUUUUUAAGAAAGCUGGCACAUAUGAUCCAAAGCGGCUGCUCGGUGUUACAACCCUUGAUGUUGUGAGAGCAAAUACUUUUGUGGCAGAGGUACUGGGUCUUGAUCCUAGAGAGGUUGAUGUUCCUGUCGUGGGAGGUCAUGCUGGAGUCACAAUAUUGCCUCUGUUGUCACAGGUUAAGCCUCCCAGUAGCUUCAGUCCUGAAGAAGUUGAUUACCUUACCAACCGCAUCCAAAAUGGUGGAACAGAAGUUGUUGAGGCAAAGGCUGGGGCUGGUUCUGCAACUCUAUCAAUGGCGUAUGCAGCUGCCAAAUUCGCUAAUGCAUGCCUCCGCGGCUUGAAAGGAGAAGCCGGGGUGGUGGAGUGUGCUUUUGUUGCUUCUGAGGUUACAGAACUUCCCUUUUUCGCGACCAAGGUACGUCUUGGCCGUGGCGGAGCUGAGGAGGUUUAUCAACUCGGACCCCUGAAUGAGUAUGAAAGGAUCGGCUUGGAGAAAGCAAAGAAAGAGUUAGCAGGAAGCAUCCAGAAAGGGAUUGACUUCAUCAGAAGUUAAAUGAUGUCAGGAGUUAACUGGGUUUUGUCCCAACGACAACGACCUCGUGUGAUAAUAAUAAUAAUAAUAAUAUAAUAACAAUCCCCUUGUUUAUAUUAGAUUUUUCUCGAGCCUAUUGUUGUGAUUUUGGUUUUACCAUUCGUAUGAAAUUGGAGUAAACUGGAAAACUAUAUUGUAAUUUUAGUACGUGAUCCCAACUUUUUUUGAAUA